AUGCUGGCCAUCUUCGUGGUAAUGACCGUGCUGGUGAAGGUGGACACCUCCUCCUGGACCCAGAGCUUCUUUGCUGUCACUAUCGCCUGCAUGGCCAUCCUCAGUGGCACCUCCACCGUCUUCAAUAGCAGCGUCUUCGGCAUGACGGGCUCCUUCCCGAUGAGGAACUCCCAGGCGCUGAUAUCAGGAGGAGCCAUGGGCGGCACCAUCAGUGCCGUGGCCUCCCUGGUGGACCUGGCGUUGUCCAACAACGUGACGGACAGCACGCUGGCCUUCUUCCUCACCGCGGACGUCUUCCUCGCGCUCUGCAUCGGCCUCUACCUGCUGCUGCCCCGGCUGGAGUACGCCAGGUACUACAUGAGGCCCGUCUGGCCCGCCCACGUGUAUUCUGGCGAAGAGCAGCCGUGCCAGGACUCCCCCGGCUCCCCUCUGGCGGCCCCCAGACCCAGCUUCUCCCCGACGCCUCCCCUGCGCCCCAUCCUAAAGAAGACCGCCGGCCUGGGCUUCUGCGUCAUCUACCUCCUCUUCAUCACCAGCGUCAUCUUCCCCGCCGUCUCCACCAGCAUCGAGUCCCUGGACAAGGCCUCGGGCUCGCCCUGGACCACCAAGUUCUUCGUCCCCCUCACCGCCUUCCUCCUGUUCAACUUCUCGGACCUGUGCGGCCGGCAGAUCACGGCCUGGAUCCAGGUGCCGGGGCCCAGGAGUAAGGUGCUCCCGGGGCUGGUGCUGCUCCGGACCGGCCUCGUCCCCCUCUUUGUGUUCUGCAACUACCAGCCCCGGGUCCACCUGCAGACGGUGGUCUUCCCGUCCGACAUCUACCCAGUGGUGUUCAGCUCCCUGCUGGGCCUCAGCAACGGCUACCUCAGCACGCUGGCCCUCAUCUACGGGCCGAAGCUCGUGCCCAGGGAACUGGCGGAGGCCACAGGGGUGGUGAUGUCCUUUUACAUGUACUUGGGCUUGGUACUUGGCUCAGCCUGCUCGGUCCUGCUUGUGCACCUCAUCUAG